AUGGCUGCAUCUAUAUCUGUAAAGGAAGAUGAUCAAUUCCUGUUGAGCCUCCCGUUCUUCCCAUUGAUCAAAUAUUACCCUUGUCCCGAUUUUCGUUAUGACGUCGAUGUUGCAAACCCACUGGAAGGCCUUAGCGACGAUUUUAAUAUUGUUGACAAUAGAAUCAGCCAGGAACAAAAUACUGAAUCCGACCUGCCUAGAUGGAAAUAG